CCUCCCCCCGUGAAUUGUGUGCCUCACUGCCAUCCUCCUCCGUCCGUUUCCCUCCGCGACGCCAUCCGCCGCCAGUCCCUUCGUCGCCCGUCGCCAUCCGCCGACAAACCUCCCUUACCUCGCCUCCGCGCCGCCAGAAGCCGCCGCCGCCGCCGCUCCCUCCGUCGCCCAUCUCAAUCCCGCCGUCGCCCAUCGCAAUCCCGCCGUCGCCCCUCCCUUUCCUCGCCUCCACGCAGCCAGAAGCCGCCGCCGCCGCCCCUCCCUUUCCUCGCCUCCACGCCGGUAGAAGACGCCGCCGCCGCCGCCGCCACUACCCCCGUCGCCAUCUGCCGCCGCCCCUGCCUGCGUACCUUUUGUGCCCCUGCCUGCGUACCUUUUGUGUACCGCCGCCGCAGAAGAUGAACCCAUUCUGUGUACCUUUUGCAACUAUAUGGGUUCUGCCGUACUUGCUAUGGAUCUGGGUUGGAUGGGCCCAAAUUAUUCAAUCUCUACUGCUUGUGCUACUAGCAACUUCUGCAUUCUGAAUGCAGCUAAUCAUAUCAGAAAAGGGGAAGCUCUAAGUAACUUCAUUUUCUUGUGAUCUUUUCUGCAAUGAGUAGUGCCUAAUUGCAGUUGUAACCUAACCAUAUAGGAUGUGAUGCUUUGCGGUGGUUCUGAUGCACCGAUCAUCCCUAUUGGAUUGGGAGGUUUUGUGGCCUGCAGAGCUUUCACAGAGAAACAGUGGUCCAACAAAAGUUUCUCGGCCUUGGGACGUGUUGCUUUUAAAUUGUAUGAUCUCAAACAACAAGGUUUCAUUGAAAAGCAGGAGGACAAGCAAAUGAUGGUCGCAACACUUGCUGAAUCAGGAAUGAAUCUUUCAGAUGAUAUUAUUGAAGGCAUUAUUGACAAGACAUUUGAGGAAGCAGAUACAAAACAUGACGGGAAAAUUGACAAGGAGGAAUGGUGCCGCAAUCUUGUCUUGAGGCAUCCAUCUUUGUUGAAAAAUAUGACCCUCCCAUAUCUCCGGGAUAUUACAACAACAUUUCCAAGCUUUGUAUUCAACUCUCAAGUAGAGGAUGCAUGAGAUCCCAAAGACUGGUGCACAACAGAACAGAUUCUGCGGGGUGCACUUGUGUGUUUUUAUUUCCUUGAAAAUGUAUAUUUUGUGUGGUGGCAAUGUCCUUCCGAGGGUUCUUUUGUAUAGUUCGAGUGCGCUCAGUAUAUUCUACCCAGGAUGUCGGUGUACGAACCAUUUCUUAUCAUGUGUUUAUAAAAAAUGCUCUUAUAAUAUAUUGUUUAAUUAACAA